AUGAUCAGUCACAUGAAAGAGAUCCGAGGAAGAAAUCAAACAGAAGUGAAAGAAUUUAUCCUCUUAGGACUCUCAGACAAUCCGGAUCUCCAAGGUGUCCUCUUUGGAUUGUUCCUGUCAAUCUAUAUGGCAGCCAUGGUGGGUAAUUUGGGGAUGAUCGUGUUGAUUAAGAUUGACCCCUGUCUCCACACCCCGAUGUAUUUCUUUCUCAGCAGCCUCUCCUUUGUUGAUGCCUCUUACUCUUCUUCUGUCACUCCCAAGAUGCUGGUGAAUCUUGUGACUGAGAAUAAGUCCCUAUCUUUGAAUGGUUGUGCUGCCCAGUUCUACUUCUUUGGCUCCUUUGGAGAUGAAUGCUUCGUGUUGGCCAUGAUGGCAUAUGAUCAGUAUGCAGUCAUUUGGAACACACUGCUAUACCCCACCAUCAUGUCUGAGAUAAUUUGCUUCUUACUAGUAGCUACCUCAUUCCUAGCAGGCUUUGGAAAUGCAGCCUUACACGCAGGGUUGACUUUCAGAUUGUCCUUUUGUGGCUCUAAUAGGAUCAACCAUUUCUACUGUGACACCCCACCCCUUCUCGAACUCUCUUGCUCUGAUACCUACAUAAAUGGCAUUGGGAUCAUGGCUUUCUCCAGUUUUAAUGUCAUCAGCUGUGUUACAAUUGUCCUCAUUUCCUACCUGUGUAUCCUCAUUGCCAUCUUGAGGAUGCCUUCAUUAGAAGACAAGGACAAAGCCUUCUCCACCUGUGCCUCUCACCUCAUGACUGUCACCAUAUUCUUUGGGACAAUUCUUUUCAUGUACUUGCAUCCAACAUCUAGCUACUCUAUGGAUCAAGACAAGUUUGUUGCUGUCUUUUAUACAGUAGUAAUCCCUAUGCUAAAUACCCUCAUCCAUAGUUUGAAAAAUAAGCAUGUGAAAGAGGCCCUAAAGAAGGUCUAACAGAAGCACAUUUUAUAA